AUGACCUCCAUCGUCCCUCAGCCGUCACAGUCGCAGUCGACUGUCUCGCAUCCCAAUAUGACCUGCAGUUUCUCCUCGAAUACAACUGCCGAACACCGGCCGACCGUGGCAUCCCGCCCGAAACUCACACUCCAAACGACCUCGUUACCGAGAACCUUUGGAACCUCUUCGACUGGACUCUCGCUCUCGCUGGCGGGCGGUGCAACGGCCUCUCCCACUGUUCGCAAUACCUUCAAGAAUGCCUACGAUGCAGCGAUUCCCUCCUCCGCUACCGCCUCCCCCUCCAAAUCUUCCGCCAGUCGAUUCAGCAAACCCUCAUCACCCUAUCCUUUAUACGCCCAGAACAACAGCAACACCAAUAAUAAUCCAUACCAGCUCCCUCUGGGAGUGAAGAGCAUCCUGCGGAACUCCCCGCUGGAGCCGACAUGUCGGCUAGCCACGAGUGCCACCGGAAGCACGGGCUCGCGCCGGGUAUUUUUUCCGGCGAAGAAGCAAGUCAACUAUCGACAACCACUCGAAGAAGAAAUCCAAACCGUACACUAUACCGCCCGGCACUCCGAUCUCUCGGGGGAACCAGAGGCCGAGCAACAACCUCCUCAGACAAGCUCCGAUCAAGAUUCAGAUUCCAACUCCAGCCUGGCUCCGUCGGAUGCCAGCACCUCGGACGAGGAUGAUUCCGCAGCCGGCACGCGCCGCUCCCCGUCAUCCACGCUGGAACGGAAGAAACGAAAACACCUGAGCGCGGAAAAACAGGUUCGCGCGGUCGCGCUGAUGGACGGACUGGAGGAAAAUUACGGCUCGACGACUCCUCAGACGCCUCGCCAGAAACGAGUCAAACGCCGGUGCGAAUGGCGGUGGACGCUGGGACCUCUGGAAACCCAUAAUGAAGGCGCGAAGCCUCUGCCGGCUCAGAACGAGACGCCGUCGGAUCUGGCGAUAACGACAACGAUGACGGUUCCCGUACUGUCGAACCCAGUUCCGAAAUGGGUGAGCAAAGACGUUGAGAGCCCUGCGUCGGCCUCGGACCUUCUCUCGGCCUCGAGCGCCGCCUCGCUACCAUAUUCCAGUCCGAGCUCCUCGGUCGCCUCGGAAGUGGCGGACAAGAACGACGAAUACUGGAAGACCACGAGUCACGAACCUGAACGUGCACAUGCCGAUCCCCCGGAAUAA